GCCGCGCGCGGAGGGAGGGGUGUUAAGUCAGCGGUGUUUUGUUUGUCGCGCGAGGAGAAUUGGAAUGGAGAACGGGGGAGCGGCGGCGCGAUUGGGCGCCUCUGCCAACGGCCGCCAAUAACCGGCGGCGGCGGCGGUGAGUGCGUGCGGGGACCGCGAGCGAGCGGGCGGGCGGGUUCCCGGUGUCCGAGCGGAGUCCGCCUCAUUGUUCCGUGUGCAUGAGUUGCCUUCGCCUCCGUUGUUCGACCACUCCUGUGGGAUGAAAAUGGUGGAGCCAGUGGGAUUUGUGGAGGCCUGGAAGGCUCAGUUCCCCGAGUCCGAGCCGCCCAAGAUGGAGCUGAGAAGCGUUGGCGACAUCGAGCAGGAGCUGGAGAGUUGCAAGUGCAGCAUUCGGAAGCUGGAACUGGAGGUGAACAAGGAACGGUUUCGCAUGAUCUACCUGCAGACAUUGCUGGCCAAGGAGAAGAAGAGCUAUGACAAGCAAAGAUGGGGCUUCAGGAAAUCUGUGGUGCUUGUGGAACAAGUGGGCACGGAACAACCACAGGAACUUCCACCCGGAGAAGGGGCGGAGGGGGAAAGAACCAAAUCUCACCCCGCUGAGGACAAUUCUAAGAGACAUCCUGGGGGAGAAGAAUGGUUGGUGGAUUCUCGGAGCGAAGUGGUAAGCUCACCGACCAGGCAAAGGGCAUCUUCGCUGAGGAAGGUGGUGGCAGUGCCUGAGAGAGAUGCAGUGCGAAGUGUCAGCCAGGAUUGUGAACAGAUGGAAAGAAAGGAUAAAGCUACAGCAGGCACAAGUGUAGCUGCAUUGAGGUCCAAUUUUGAAAGGAUAAAAAGAACCAAUUCCCAUUCCUCUGGGGAUGGGAAAGGUAUGGAAAAGCCUCUGUAUGUCAAUGUAGAAUAUCACCGUGAGAAAGGAUUGGUGAAAGUCAAUGACAAGGAGGUAUCUGACAAGAUCAGCACAAUAGGGAGCCAGGCCAUGCAAAUGGAACGCAAGAAAUCAUUACACUCUUUGCCAGUGACAACAGAAUCUGCAGAGUAUCAUAUCCCUGCUUACAGAGGUAGGACCACAGAAAGCAGCUGUGGCUAUGACCCAGAGUAUGAUGAUGUGGAUCUUAAUCCAAGAUUUCUGAAGGAUAAUGUGAUCCAUGCCACUGCUAAUGGAGGUAAACCAGACAAGAUACCUUGGCAGCAAGAAUUCCAACCAUAUGAAAGUGUUUUUAUUGGUGGAAUGUUGCAGGAUAAUGAUGGUAAACCGACUAGUGACUUGCGAGACUGUGGGAAGCUCCAGAAUACUACAGAUCAGGAGAAACACCUAACGUGGCCUCGGAGGUCUUAUUCACCUGGUAGUGCUGAUGAUGUUGGGGGAGGAUAUACGCCAGAUUGCAGCUCUAAUGAAAACUUAACUUCAAGUGAGGAUGAUUUUUCUUCAGGUCAAUCAAGCCACGUUUCCCCCAGUCCCACCAGCUAUCAUAUUUUUCGAGAAAAGAGUCGGUCUCCUUCUCAAAACUCUCAGCAGUCAUUCGAUAGUAGCAGUCCACCUACACCACAGUCACAAAAACGGCACAAGCACCAGGUUACCAUACAGGAAGCAACGAUAGUUGGUCUCCGGAAACCAGGACAGAUUUGGGCAACUGAAGCUGAUCUUGCUCGUAGAAAUACUCAAGAGGAUAGUUUCCAUGGAGAUCCAGAAACACUGUACAACAACUUACCACCAACGUAUUCAUAUGAUGCAGAUCGGGUUGAAGAUCAAAGCAGGAACCGGGAUACCAUGCCCUACAUUGAUGACUCGCCUUCCUCGUCACCUCAGCUCAGUUCGAAAAGUAGAGGCAGCAGGGACACAGUAUCAUCUGGAUCCCUGGAGUCAAGUAAAUCAAGUGAACCUGAUUUGGAGAAAGGGUUGGAGAUGCGAAAAUGGGUUCUAUCUGGAAUCUUAGCCAGUGAGGAAACAUACCUGAGUCACUUAGAGGCUCUCUUAUUGCCUAUGAAGCCUCUUAAAGCAGCUGCCACUACAUCUCAACCUGUUCUCACCAACCAACAAAUAGAGACCAUCUUCUUCAAGGUUCCUGAGCUUUAUGAAAUACACAAGGAGUUCUAUGAUGGGCUGCUGCCCAGAGUUCAACAGUGGAGUCACCAUCAAUGUGUUGGAGAUCUCUUUCAGAAACUGGCCAGCCAGCUUGGUGUGUAUCGAGCUUUUGUGGAUAACUAUGAAGUUGCUGUUGAGACAGCAGAGAAGUGCUGUCAAGCUAAUGCUCAGUUUUCUGAAAUAUCAGAGAAUUUAAAGGUCAGGAAUACCAAAGACAUAAAAGAUCAGAACACAAAGAACUCUCUCGAAGCUCUUCUCUAUAAACCUGUUGACCGAGUCACCCGAAGCACACUUGUUCUCCAUGAUUUAUUAAAACACACUCCAGUCAACCAUCUGGAUCAUCCUUUGCUACAAGAUGCGCUCCGUAUUUCACAGAAUUUCCUGUCUAGCAUUAAUGAAGAGAUCACUCCCAGGAGACAAUCUAUGACUGUAAAGAAAGGCGAGCAUCGGCAGCUCAUUAAGGACAGCUUUCUGGUUGAACUUGUGGAGGGUGCUCGGAAACUUCGGCAUGCUUUUCUCUUCAGUGACCUCUUUCUUUGUGCAAAACUGAAAAAGCAAGUAGCAGGGAAGAGCCAGCAGUACGACUGUAAGUGGUAUAUUCCUCUCGCCGAUCUGAGUUUUCAAAAUCUAGAUGAAUCAGACUCUCCAACCAUUCCACUGGUACCAGAUGAAGAACUAGACACCAUGAAAAUAAAGAUCUCUCAAAUCAAGAAUGAAAUACAAAGAGAAAAGAGAGCUAACAAGGGCAGCAAAGUAAUUGAACGGCUGAAAAAGAAGCUGUCAGAACAAGAAUCAUUGUUAUUACUUAUGUCUCCAAACAUGGCUUUCAGAGUGCAUAACAGGCAUGGCAAGAGCUAUGUAUUCCUGAUAUCAUCAGAUUAUGAAAGAGCUGAAUGGAGAGAAAUCAUGAGAGAACAGCAGAAGAAAUGCUUUAAGAGUUUUGCCCUUACCACUGUUGAACUACAAAUGCUCACAAACUCAUGUGUGAAGCUCCAGACUGUCCAUAACAUUCCAUUAACAAUCAAUAAAGAAGAUGAUGAAUCACCUGGCCUCUACGGGUUUCUUAAUGUAAUCGUUCAUUCGGCAACUGGAUUCAAACAAACAUCAAAUUUAUAUUGCACUUUAGAAGUAGAUUCAUUUGGUUACUUUGUUAACAAAGCGAAGACGAGAGUCUACAGAGACACAUUGGAACCAAACUGGAAUGAGGAAUUUGAGAUUGAAUUAGAAGGCUCUCAGACUCUAAGAAUUCUGAGUUACGAAAAAUGCUACAACAAAACCAAGCUCCCCAAAGAAGAUGCCGAAAUUACAGAUAAAAUCAUGGGGAAAGGGCAGAUUCAGCUGGAGCCACAAGCAUUACAAGAUAAGGACUGGCAGAGAACUGUCAUAGGAAUGAAUGGGAUUGAGGUGAAGUUGUCAAUGAAAUUCACCAGUCGUGAGUUCAGUUUGAAACGAUUGCCAUCACGAAAGCAAACGGGAGUCUUUGGUGUGAACAUUGCAAUAGUCACCAAGCGAGAAAGGUCAAAAGUGCCUUACAUAGUACGACAAUGUGUGGAGGAGAUUGAAAGGCGUGGAAUGGAGGAAAUUGGAAUCUAUCGAGUAUCAGGAGUUGCCACAGACAUUCAGACCCUCAAAGCUUCUUUCGAUGCUAAUAAUAAAGAUGUCUCUGUGAUGAUGAGUGAAAUGGAUGUUAAUGCCAUUGCGGGAACGUUAAAACUUUAUUUCCGAGAGCUACCAGAGCCUCUUUUCACAGAUGAGUUGUACCCUAACUUUGCUGAGGGAAUUGUGCUGUCCGAUCCGGUUGCUAAGGAAAGCUGUAUGCAGAACCUUCUGCUUUCCCUGCCAGAGCCCAAUUUCACCACUUUCUUGUUCCUAUUGGAUCACUUGAAGAGGGUGGCAGAGAAAGAACACAUCAACAAGAUGUCAUUGCAUAACUUGGCAACUGUCUUUGGACCCACUCUGUUGAGGCCCUCAGAUAAAGACAGCAAAAUACCCAGCAACCCGACACAGGCAAUCACAAUGGCAGACAGCUGGUCGUUGGAGGUGAUGUCACAGGUGCAAGUACUGCUCUACUUUCUGCAGCUAGAAACUAUUCCUACCCCAGACAGCAAACGUCAGAGUAUUCUCUUUUCAACUGAAGUCUAAGAGGUAGUCGGCCACGUAAUGAAUUCAGCAGAGAGCCAUCAACACCACAAAGCAAUGCUCAUCUCUAACAUGAACUAAUUGUGUGAUAUCCUACCAUUAUCUUCUGUGCUGUUUGAUCUACAGUCCAUGCUCUGACUUUUGCAGCAAACCAAAAUACGUGAAACACUAAAGUACAGUGUAUUUGUGUACCUAUAACGAGCUGAGGUAUUCAUGUACUCUAUGCAGUUCAAGGCAAUUCUUAUGUUAUAAGGAUCUAUAAUGAUGUACAGAAGAAUGAAGGAGGUAGAUAAAUUUGAGUUUUUUUUUGUUAAUCAUAAUGCCCCUUUAUGAUUAGGGACACAGUCACUGCUUCCUGUUGAGUUUGUGAUCUGAAAUUAGCAAACAUGGACAGGAAUCAACUAUAUUUAAGCAGCAGGCAAAUCAUUUCCACUGAUAGUCUUCCAGGAAAAAAUGUGUUGCCUGAGUUGUACCAGUCCAUUAAUUGACUCAAGAUUUAAGUACUAAAAUUUUGAUCAUUUAUUUUGAAUGCUCUUCAAAGCCACAAAUGCAGCUCAAGUAUUUUUUCUUUCCUAUAGAAAGCUAUGUAUAGGUUUAAAUAAUGUCAGAGCAAUACACUACAAUGCCAACAGCUGUGCUUCACUUUGUGCAGUUGAUUGAUGUUAGAAUGCAACUUCCCAGGGUAUCAGCACCCAGCACCCAUUUCGUGCCAUAUUAAACAUUACAGUCCUGCCUCAGUAAUGGUGACAGUGGAACUGCCAAAUAGUCAUAAAAAUCUCAUCUGGUUUACUAGUGAACUUCAGGGAAGGAAAUCUGCCAUCCUUACCUAGUCCAGUUUGACACCAGCUAGGCUAUCUCCACUGCCCUUUGCAAUAGCCUAGCAAACCAUUGCGUUUUCAUGUCAAUGUGAUGAUACUGUCUUGGUUCAGGAAAAUGGAUCACCACCAACAAGGGCAGUUAGAAAUGAUAGUAAUUGCUGGUCUUGCUCCAGUAAGAAACAAAGAAGAAGAGAUUAACAUGCAGGCAUGUUGAAUACAUUAUGUACUAAGAUUCCCACUAUUAAUUUCUAUUGUAUUUUUCCUUGAAGCUGGUUAUUUUGUGCUUUACCAAUGUUUAUGAUGAGUGAAAAUUGUUUAUAGAUGAACCUACAGACCUAAUAUUUUCCCACCAGGUAACCAAUUGAGAAGCAUUGUCUUCCAAAUACCAUUUUCCUUUUCCAUGUUCUCAACUGAUAUGUUUCCGAGUUAGAGGGUCAACUUUAUCACAGCCUGCAGAUGGAAUUGACUGAGAAGUCAGAAAGGUCAGGCCUGAACAGGCUGAGAGGUUUCCAGUAGUAACCCCUUUGAAAAUUGUUGCCAACUCAAAUGCAUUCACUUUCAUGGGCAGAAGCAACCAUCAGAGUUCAGUGCCCUGAGCCUUCUUCUCAUGGGUGACUCUGUGAUUUAGUUGCAGAGAUUCUAUUUCCCAUUGAGUAGAGCUCCACACACAAAAGAGGGCUUGGUCCUACAGGCACAUUCUUUUACUGGAGUUUAUUCUAUUGACUCUCCCACCACAGAUGUUACUGACCAGUUAUUUCCAGCUUUUUCAUACAUUAGUAGCAGUUUGUUUUUGGUUUUAUCUGCAGAGUAUUUUCUUAUAUAUGUAAUCCCUGAUGUGGUUAAUGUCACUUCAUUCUGGUUUCAUAGUCAGAUCAGUCAGGAUGUUACUGCGAUUCAUUACAGCGUGGACAACAUCAUGUUAACUAGUUAGUCACUGCAUGUUUUGAUAAUUCAUGUUGAACAAACUCCUUUUUGGGACCAAUUGUAAUAAGAAACAAGUCAUUCCUGCAGGAACUGUCUGCAAUUCUUAACAAUCUUAUUUAAAUCUACUUUAAAUAUGAAAUGAACAAUUAAUGUGGACCAGCAGAAAACUUACAUGUGGAGCAUAUUUUUUCCUGAGUAGCCAUUUCACACAUUCCAGGAGUAUCUGAUGCAGGAGCACGUAAGGGCAUGUGGUCUCUUUAGCCUGCUGUUUUAGAUCGGAUCUUGGCAUCAUUACCACUUCCCUGCCUGCUGCACAUAAUCCUUGUCUUCCCAAUAUCAGUCCAGAAAUCUGUGCACAGUGGCUGUUGUCAGCAACUGCAUCCAUGGCUUUCUGGAGUAGAGAUCUCCGAAGAUUGAUGAAACACUAAAUAACCCCUUAUUCUGAAACUAUGCCCCUAAUCCUAAAUCCUCCACCUGGGAAACAUUCUUCUAAAUUCCAGUGCCCACAUUCAAACGCUCAACCUGCUCAACCUUUCUUUAUAAAACAACUACUUCAUCUAGGGAUCAUCCUGAUGAAGUUUGUGCAUGGAAGUAAAUCCCUCCUCAGAUAACAUAAGCAGAACUGUAGGUUGUACUCCAGGUGUGGGGCACCUUUCCCCUUCACCCCUCCUGUAAGUAGACUGGAGCCAUAGGGAUGAAGGUGGGAUGGGCAGUGACAAUGGGGUGGUUGCAUUGUUGUUCCUCUUCAGUCAUCAAAAAAUCACAAUGGGAGCAAUUCAUCUCAAAUCUCCAGAAAAGAAAAUAAUUGUAUAAGUCUAUACUUUUUGAGAAAGAAUCUGAAGAUAUUAGAAUAAGUAGAAGGCUGAUCUGUGAGCACCUGGAGCAGAAAGGUGAGUGAUGUUUCCAGGAAGACUUUCCGUCAGAUUUUAGUCUCUGUCCCCUUUGAUGUGAAAUAUCUAGUUCGUACAUCCCAUUCCAAAGUCAGAGGCAAGGAAUGUGUUCUAGUAACUAUUCAGCAGCAUCAAUGUGCCUUUCCUAAAAUGCAUGUAGUCACCUUCAUGUCUGUGUUGAUAGCCCUGAUCUGCCCUCAUAUAUCUUCUCCAGAAUAUCCAUGUCAUGCUACAUUCAAUCAGGGAAUUUUAAAAAUGGGUAAAGUGAAAAAGUGGGUUCAGCCAUCUUUUAAUAGAAGUGCCUCAUCAGCAUGAGAGCAGAAAUUAAUGCUUCAAUGUAUUUAAAAUAGACAAGAGUGUUCUUUAUACUGUCAGGAGUGUUGAAAAAAUGUGUCGGCAUUAUUAAAACAGGAAAAAUUCUUUUCAAAGCUGUUUGCAUUCUGCCAAAACCUUGCAACUUUUAUAUGUCAAUACAAAUAUGUUUGAGGUGAAUGCAGACUCAUUAACUUGUAAAUGUUGAUUGUUUUGAGUUUAAAAAUGACUGGAGACUCCUGUAUUGUUACUUUUCACCUGACAGCAUUGAUCUAGUAUGAAGUGAAAUUAAAAAUGGGAAAUUAUCAAGCAUUGUAUCGAAGGAUUGUCAAUAACUUAAAAGAAGUUAUAGAAUGGGAAAUCAAGGGUUGAUUAAAAUUUUGUAUUAUAAUAUUAUUAAAAGGAUGUGGUUAUCCCCUUCGCCAGAAGACUGUAAACCCUUGUACCCACUCUUGAUGUAUUGAAAUUUUUCAGACACCUGCUCAGUCUAGGAAUGUGGGUUAGAGUUAUUUAUUAAAAUAAUGAGGAUUAAAUUAUAUAAUUAGUACUUAUUCACGUCUUGUGUAGAAGCCUAUGGCUCCACGCAUUUUUGAUUGUCAGUCGAAUUGAGAUAAAUUUGUGGGUAUAUUCCAUUAGAGUUGAUGCAUCAUACAGUAGCACUGCUUCCUAUAAAUAUUUACUCAUUGUUUCAUGUACUUGAUUUUCUUCUUAAUUUGAAGGAUUAUUCUGUACAAGAUGCUUUGGCCCACAGGUGGUGGGAAUUGGAGGGGUGGAAUGGGGAGAGACAGAGACAAUUUUGAUUUAUGUAAGACAACUGUUGGCUUAAGUUUCUGUCACUUUCUAAAGGCAGUUAGCAUGACAGGGAUUUGUAUUUGAAAAAAAAUCCCAAGGCAUUUGUAACCCCUGUUUGUACUCAGCAAAUGAUAAAUAAAAUACCUGUAUCUAUACU